AUGAUGUUCAUCGGUCAGAGCUAUAGCCAAAUUCGUCGUUCCGUGCAGUUUUGGUCCGCAGGCGCGCUUGCCUUCCAGCCCGCCCCCCUCCAUCGAGAUCCAGCCCUCAUCACCGUUGACGUUCAGAGCCGCUUCCCUCGGGACAUCAGUACUAUAGGCUUACAUGACCUGCGCUCGCGUUUGGGUAUCAUUCCGCAAGAUCCAACACUUUUUCAGGGUGCAGUAAGAUACAAUCUAGAUCCUCUUGGGCAAUUCUCAGAUCAACAAAUAUGGGAGGUUCUCGACAAAUGUCAACUUCUUGAAGCUGUCCAGGAAAAGGAACAGGGAUUGGAUUCACACGUUGUGGAAGAUGGGUCCAACUGGAGUAUGGGCCAAAGGCAACUCUUCUGUCUCGGACGUGCACUUUUGAGAAGAUGCCGCAUCUUAGUUUUUGAUGAAGCCACAGCCUCUAUAGACAAUGCAACAGAUGUUGUCCUUCAGAAAACGAUCCGGUCAGAAUUCAAGUAUUGCACUGUUAUUACAGUUGCCCACCGUAUACCAACAGUUAUGGACUGUGAUAUGGUACUUGCAAUGAGCGACGGGAAAGUAGUGGAGUAUGACAAACCUACAAAGCUCAUGGAAACUGAAGGAUCUCUCUUUCACAAACUGGUGAACGAGUACUGGUCAUACACAUCGAACGGAAAUAUUUAGAAGAGACUGUCAAUUUUGAUUGCUUACUGGCUGCAGCUUUCCAAGAGAUAAAAGAUAAGUCGUCUUUUAGAAAAUAGUUCUAUGGUUGAAGACAUACAGUAAUCUGUGCUUCCUCAGAGGAUUCCAUCUAUUUGGAAUCCGAAGAAAGACAGUACUAUCUGUCUGUUAUUGUGUGGAAAUUUCUUUUGCUACCAGAAAUUCUGUGAAAUAUUCAGGUGGGGAUCCCUCCCCCCCUUGUCCGUUCAAAAAAAA